CAUAAGUGAUCCUUCUGGUUUUUAUUGAAAGAGAAAAAAAAACUCAUUUCUUGUCAAUAAUACUAGAAGAGAAAAAUCUGAAGAUUCCACAGCUAAAAGAAGCAAAGGGGUGUUAUUUUUUUUUUUAAAAAAAUUAUUAUUAUAUAUAUUUCUGGGUCUACUCUUUUUUUUUAAUUUUGUUUGUUUAAAUUGUUAUGUAUUUUAAGAGGUGUGAGAUUGACAGGCAGAUCCCACCGAAAUAAAUUAAUAAAUUCACCACACCCCCAUCUUCAUAAAAACCCCUUAGAAUUCACCCUCUUUUUUUUUCUUCUGUCGUAUAAUUCAUUGGUGUAAUUGCUAACUUGCUUGGUUUACAGAAGAAAUAGAGGAGGUGGAAGAAGAAGGAGGUUGUUGUUUUUUUGCAAUUGAAGCGAUGCUGGGCGUUUCCGGCUUAGUAAGUAGUGAAGGUGGUGGUGAUAAUCCAGAAAGCGGUGGAGGAGCUGGAAGCGGAGGGAGUAGUGAGAUUGGAUUAGGCGGUGGAAGUGGCGGCGGUGGAGGUAGUAGCGGUGGAUUCAUGACGGAAGAUGGAGAAAGAAAUUCAGGUGGAAAUAGAUGGCCAAGACAAGAAACAAUUGCUUUGCUGAAAAUAAGGUCUGAAAUGGAUGUUAUUUUUAGAGACUCAAGUCUUAAAGGACCUUUAUGGGAAGAAGUUUCCAGGAAAAUGGCAGACCUUGGGUUCCACAGAAGUUCCAAGAAAUGCAAGGAGAAGUUCGAAAAUGUAUACAAAUAUCACAAGAGAACCAAGGAUGGCCGAGCAUCGAAAGCGGAUGGAAAGAAUUAUAGGUUUUUCGAGCAAUUGGAAGCCCUGGAGAACAUUACAUCUCAUCAUUCUCUAAUGCCAGUACCGUCGUCUAAUACGCGUCCUCCACCCCCUCCGUUGGAAGCUACUCCAAUAAAUAUGGCUAUGCCAAUGGCAUCAUCAAAUGUACAAGUCACGGCUUCACAAGGUACUAUUCCUCAUCAUGUUACUAUUUCAUCAGCACCACCGCCACCGAAUAGCCUUUUUGCUCCUUCUCAUCAAAAUGCUCCGUCAAGUUCACCCGUGCCACUACCACCACCGCCAUCACAGCAACCAUCACCGCAGCCAGCUGUCAAUCCGAUUAAUAAUAUUCCUCAACAAGUGAACGCUUCAGCAAUGUCGUAUUCAACUUCUUCGUCUACUUCCUCGGAUGAGGAUAUACAAAGAAGGCAUAAGAAGAAGAGGAAAUGGAAGGAUUAUUUUGAGAAGUUCACCAAGGAUGUGAUUAAUAAGCAGGAGGAAUCGCACAGGAGGUUCUUGGAGAAGCUUGAGAAGCGGGAACAUGAUCGGAUGGUUCGAGAAGAAGCAUGGAAAGUAGAGGAAAUGGCAAGGAUGAAUAGGGAGCAUGAUCUUUUAGUUCAAGAAAGAGCAAUGGCGGCAGCCAAGGAUGCAGCUGUUAUUUCUUUUUUACAAAAGAUAACUGAACAGCAAAACAUUCAAAUUCCAAAUAGUAUCAACGUUGGCCCUCCAUCAGCACAAGUACAAAUACAAUUGCCUGAAAACCCACUAUCCGCGCCUGUACCAACACAAAUACAACCGACGACUGUUACAGCAGCAGCACCACCUCAACCAGCACCGGUCCCAGUAUCGUUGCCAGUAACAAUACCAGCUCCAGUACCAGCAUUAAUACCAUCAUUGUCGCUACCACUGACACCACCAGUGCCAUCCAAGAACAUGGAGUUAGUACCAAAAAGCGAUAACGGAGGUGAUAGUUACAGUCCAGCAAGCUCUUCAAGGUGGCCAAAAGCAGAAGUUGAAGCAUUGAUUAAACUUCGUACAAAUUUAGAUGUCAAAUACCAAGAGAACGGACCUAAAGGUCCACUUUGGGAAGAGAUAUCAUCUGGAAUGAAGAAAAUUGGAUACAAUCGGAAUGCAAAGAGAUGCAAAGAAAAAUGGGAAAACAUCAACAAAUACUUCAAGAAGGUGAAGGAGAGCAACAAAAAACGACCCGAAGAUUCCAAAACUUGCCCAUAUUUCCACCAGCUCGAUGCACUGUACAAGGAGAAAGCCAAAAACCCCGAAACAGCUUCUUCAACGUCUUCGUUCAAUCCUUCAUUCGCUUUAAACCCCGAUAACAACCAAAUGGCUCCCAUCAUGGCUCGUCCAGAACAGCAAUGGCCACUUCCACAACACCAUGAAAGCACCACCCGUAUCGACCACGAAAACGAGAGCGACAACAUGGAUGAAGAUGAUCACGAUGAUGAGGAGGAUGAAGAUGACGAGGACGAAAACAACGCUUAUGAGAUAGUAGCAAACAAGCAACAAUCCUCAAUGGCGGCCGCAAACACCACUACCAGCACCGCAACAACAACAGUUUGAGGUAAAAUUAGCACAGAUCUCUCAUCAUAAAAAUAAAAGAAAAAUCAGAAGUGUGGGGGCAAAAAGAAGCAGAAAUUAGUGGGGAAGUGAGUGGAACAUUGGGAAUAGCAAGUGGGUCAACAGAUUCUUGCAGAGAAAAUGUCAGAUUGGAUCAGAUCUCAGAAAAUUCCGGUUGGUAUGAGAAGACGGUCACUCGGAGGAAAAAAAAUGUGAAGAGAAUUUUACAAAUCAUUUCAACUUUAUUUCUUUUUUUUUGGUAAGGGGUAUAGUAGUGUAGUUUUUGGUGGUAUAAGUUUAUUUGAACUUUCAUUGUUUAUUUAUUAAUUAUCAAAAAUAAAGUUUAUUGAGGGGAGAGAAGAGAAAAAAGAAAUGGACAUAAAGGAAGAUUUUUGAAGGAAUAAAUGAAGGGACAAAGUUUGUAAUUUUUUUAUUAAAAAAAAAAACUCUUUUUUUUUCUUUUA